AUGCAAGGUCCUCCUCCUCCUUCUUUCACGCAACAACCUUUGACAACACUGACCGAGUCAUUCUACCCUAUCGAUUCCUCUAUUCAACAUUCCCAGUUACAAUUCAACCCCUCGACAACAAUGACCCUUGACAUUGCCCCUGCUUUGCCCACCAUAGCUCCAAUACCACACCAGCGGACUAGUCCUAUUCCACCAACGCCAACACCAACACCAUCAGGGGGCUUGAAUCCAUCAUCCGAGAAAAGCAGCAGCAAUACUAGUACAAUCCCUGCUAAGCGAGGAUACAAAUCGCAUGUGCCGAGUGCAUGUGUCAACUGCAAAAAAGCCCAUUUGGCAUGCGAUGUAUCACGUCCGUGUAAGCGUUGUGUGGCUCUCGGUAAAUCAGACACAUGCUACGACAUUAAACACAAGAAACGAGGUCGCCCACGCCUUCGUGACAAGCAAUCGGGCAACAAGAGUGAUUACGAGGUCAUGUGUGGUACUAUUCACACACCCACCUUUGCCACCGAAUCUACUACUACCACGGCUACUACGGCUGCCAUGGCAACACAACACCACCCAUCCACCUCUUCUUUGUCUUCUUCACCAACAGCAGCUGUUCAUCAAACAACAACUUCAUCUCAACAACAGCAACGUGCUAUUCAACCUGCUGAGCCUAUCAUUAUCCAGGAGACGGUUGAAGCAUUCCACGCAUCGUUACCACCUGUUACAACAUCAUCGCCAUCAACAGCUGCAUCAUCCAUGCUGCAAUCAACAAAUAAUGAUAAUCCAACGCACGAAUUCUUGCAUCACCCAUUGGACUUGGAUGGGCUGCAAUUCCCAUUUGAUGAGCUGACUUUUUCUGGAGACGCCAUGAUGCAGAAUUAUAUGCUACCUUUUGAUGAUAUGCUACCAUUGGAUGAUGCUACUAAUGCAUACGCCUCUUUACCUGCGACCAAUCAUCACAACGCUACCUUUCAUGCCAAUCAUCAUCCACAAGGUGUUCCAGACCACCAGCAACAGCAACAAGGAGGACACCCUACUUCAAUGGAUAUGUGUAUGGAUGGCAUGGUAACGACAUCAUCAUCAUCACCCAUGCCUACAACGACGACAACAAGUAACAGCAACAACAGCAAAGUAUCAUUGGAUGAUCAAAAUCCUACCAUGGCGACAUUGGUGCUAUCGAUGGAUGUAUGUUGCGCACGUGUGAGUGAGCAGGUGACUGAAAUGUGGGGUUACUAUCCACAAGAGCUGGCACACCGGUCACUAUACGAUUUUGUAUCCAGCAAGGACACCGAUCGAUUAUCCAAAUUACAUCGAUUGCUAUUGGAUAAUGUGCUUGAGAUUGGACGACAACGAAUCCUUCCCACGACACAGCGCACAACAUCCGAUCUUUUCCAUACAACCACAUUCAAACAGCUGGCCACUGUUGCAUCAGGAGCAAGCACAUUUACGGAUACUUUGAGGAUCAAGAAAAGGUGUGGCAGUGAGGAUGAGCUUUUCGAAAUUGCUAUUUCAGUUGGAGGAGGUCUAGGUGCUGAUUUAGCGCAACCAUCAACUUUACCUAAACUUUAUAUACUUGCUCAAUUGAGAAAGUCUUCCAACACCCCACGAGCAUCAUCAUCAUCACCAACCUUACCUCUCCAUCGUACAUUGAACACGUCAUCGUCAUCGUCGUCAUCGUCAACAUCAUCAUCGCCAUCACCAUCAUCACCUUCUAUAUCAUCAUUCAACAACCAGCGUCCAAAGACACCACCUACACGAUUUAGCCCUUCACCACCACGGAUUCGUCUUGGAAGUCAAUCCUAUAUGCCAUCAUCACCACCCAAAGUUAAUAUUGCACCUACACGUGGUUUGGAUAUUCGACCCACAUUCAAUCAACCAUCGUCAUCAGCAUCUUUAAUAUGUCCAAGCCCCACACUAAGAACAGCACCAGCAACCACUGUGAAUCAUCCUACUACGCAAUACUUUUUACAAACAUCCAGCAGCAUGUUGAAUGCAGCUGCAUCGGCAGCUCAAUCAAGGAAUCGAUGCAUGAGCCAACCCCUCGUCACCCAUAUGGCUGCUAAUAAUGACAAGGCCAUUGGAGCCGUAGAGAACAAUCGCACAUUAGAAAUGAGCAUCCGAUCCCUUCUUUGUUAA